AUGAUGUCAGCUUCCAAUGACACCAAACACCAUUCUGCAGUUUUCUUCCUCACUGGGAUACCAGGGCAGGAAAACGUGCAUCUCUGGAUCUCUAUCCCCUUCUGCUUCAUGUAUCAGAUUUCAGUAGUAGGCAAUUCAGUCAUUCUGUUCAUUAUAAAAACAGACUCGAGCCUCCAUGAGCCCAUGUACAUUUUCCUUUCCAUGUUGGCCCUCACAGACCUUGGUUUAUCAAUAACCACCAUGCCGACGAUACUGGGCAUAUAUUUGUUUAAUUCUAAGGAGAUCAGCCUCAAUGCCUGUUUUGCCCAGCUGUUCUUCAUCCACACACUUUCAUUAAUUGAAUCUUCCAUGCUGCUGCUGAUGGCUUUUGAUCGCUUUGUUGCCAUCUGCAUCCCACUGAGAUACGCUUCUAUCUUAACCCUGCCGAGAGUAGCCAGGAUGGGGCUGGUGUUAGUGCUCAGAUCGGUGGUCCUAGUAUUCCCAGUCCCCUUUCUCCUGACACGAUUCCAAUACUGUCGAGACAAUGUUCUCUCCUAUUCCUACUGCCUACACCAGGACGUCAUGAAAUUUGCUUGUUCGGACAUCACCGUCAACAGCGUCUAUGGCUUGUCGGUUAAACUAUUAACAGUGGGGUUGGAUGCUCUGCUCAUUUUCCUCUCUUAUGUGAUGAUUCUCAAAACGGUGCUGAGCAUCGCGUCUGGCAGGGAGAGCCUCCGGGCCCUGAACACCUGCGUCUCCCACCUCUGCGCUGUCCUGAUCUUCUAUACCCCAGAGAUUGGUUUGUCUGUGAUACACAGAUUCGGGAGUAGCUCUUCCCACUUGCUUCAGAUUCUCCUUGGAUAUGUCUACCUACUCGUCCCACCCCUGAUGAACCCGAUCGUGUACAGCGUGAAAAGCAAACACCUGCGUGCGAGGGUUAUCAGGGUGUUCGUUAAAUGA